ACAUCCGCUCCCAGAAAACCAAGGCUACAAAACAAUGAACACAUGUUAACUCUCUAUCCCCUGGGGGCAAACAAAGUCUUAGCAUUGGCCCCGAGGAUCCCAUUGAACGAGGUGCUUAGGGACGCUGCGAGUUCGCAGCUUAGAGCCAAAUGUAACACCAUUCCCAGGAACUCUCCCGGAAGACUGUCACAAUGUCUCUCUCUCCGAGAAUCCUUAGCGGACAGUUUCUAAUUUGCUAGAAAACCCAGAGACGUGGGGCCAACGAGGCAGAGGGAAGAGAGCAGCCAGCGAGUGAGUACGAGUUAAGCCCAGGAGAUCAGUGAUGGAUUUCCCCACGUUCAUCUUCUUGUCCUCCCUUAUUUCUGUUGAAGUCUUAGCCCAAAGGACCUUCCUGUGGCAGGAGGUAGGAAGCCCUUCGUGCGUACGAUGCUGUGAUGAUUCAGAGAAACCUGUUUCCAACCCAACAAAGAGCAGGGUGAAGCAAUAUAUCCUCUACCCUGCGCCAAAAUUCCAGCCACAUAUAGAUAUGACCAUCUUGAAAGGUGACAAAGGUGAAAAUGGUGAAGAAGGACAAGCAGGGAGGUCAGGAAGAGAUGGUGAACCUGGACCACCGGGAGCUUUAGGGGAAAAAGGCCAAAAGGGUCAAAGAGGUCCAUCAGGAAAUUCCUGCAAGAACCAAUAUGCUGCGUUUUCUGUGGCUCGUCGGAAAUCCCUUCACAGCACCGACUAUUUCCAGCCUGUGAUAUUUGACACGGUGUUUGUGAACUUGUACGAGCACUUUAAUAUGUUCUCAGGGAUCUUUUUCUGCUACAUUCCUGGGAUUUACUUCUUUAACCUGAACGUUCACACAUGGAACCUCAAGGAGACCUACCUGCACAUCAUCAAGAACAGCCAGGAGGUGGCCAUGUUGUAUGCUCAGCCCAGUGACCGUAGCAUUAUGCAGAGCCAGAGCAUCAUGCUUGACUUGCAAGAGAAAGACGAGGUGUGGGUGCGAAUGUUUAAACGAGAAAGAGAGAACGCCAUUUAUAGCGACGACACUGACGUCUACAUUAUCUUCAACGGAUACCUGAUACGACCAGCUACAGAAUAGACUUUCUAUGGAAAAUGUAGGCUAUGGUCUAACAGCGUUACUAUUCCAUUACAAAGACUUUGCUUUGCUACUUAUUUGUAUUCAUACAUAUGAAUGGGAGCUACCAUCUUUCUUGCUUGGCAGAGGCAUUCUUAAACGAGGGGAAAGUGCAGUAUCUGUUUCUGAUCACUAAAGGCACUUAUGGUAUUCUUGUCUACUAAGGCUAGGUAAUUUAUUACCAUCCCAUAUGUUUAAAAGUAUAAUAAAGGAAACUCAGGUUAUCUUGAUACAA